AUGCCAGUUUGCGUAGUGACACUGUGUAAAAAUAAUACUACACGAAAUAAGAAAGACACUGGGACCACAUACCAUCAAUUUCCUGCUGAUCCUGUUAUUUUGGACCGUUGGACUGCUAUAGUACGACUCAGUCGACAAGAAAGUUGGUGGAAACCUGGAAAACGCAGUGUUAUAUGUUCCGCUCAUUUCAAUGAGAGCGAUUUGUACUUUACAAAUGGUGGUUUGAAACGAUUGUGUAAGGGAGCUGUACCACAGAAUGCAUUAUUUUUGUCAUCAACACCAUCGGAUAUUUCUAACAAUAGUACAGUAACUACAGAACCAAGCAUACCAGUUCCAGUUGUCAGUUCUACCAACAGUGCUGUAACUGGAGAACAAAGCAGAUCAGUUUUAGUUUUCAAUGAAACUAUUUUAGCUAAUGGUAAUGAAACUCCACCACUAGAUGACUUCCCCGACAUUGACUAUAUUUUUGACACACCGAGAGAGAUAAAGCUUAAAAAGGAGCUUAAUAAGAAAACUGUUCUACAAUUAAAACACGCGAGAAUAAUUAAAACCUUGCGUGAAAAGACCCGUAGGUUAAGAAAAUCCAAUUGUAAUUUAAAAAAUAUUAUCAAAUCUUUAAAGCAAGAGCUUAAUAAGAAAACUGUUCUACAAUUAAAACAUGCGAGAAUAAUUAAAACCUUGUGUGAAAAGACUCUUAGAUUAAGAAAAGCUAAUUGUAAUUUAAACAAUAUUAUCAAAUCUUUAAAGCAAGAACGGUUGUAA